GUCACUCGACUUCGCGAGCGUCUCGCACAUGUUCAGCAUGACCUCAAAGGCGCAGCGUCCCGCAAGAAGGAUGCCGAGAAGGAUAUCGCCGAGCUGGAGAUUGGGAUGGCGGCCUUCAAGGAAACGCUGCAUUUGCGACAGCUCUCCGUCGCCGAGUUGCGCAACAACAAAGACGAGACGGAGCGACAGCUGGCGCAAACUUUGCGGGAACGAGAGCUUUUUCGAGAGAGUGCGACGAAAGCCCAGCAAGGCUUCGACACCGAAGCGAAGUCAGCAUCUGCAGAACUCGACCGUUGGAGAUCUGAGGCCCAGGAGCUGGCCACCGCCCUCGAAGCCUUAGAUGUACAGAAAAAGGAGCUGCAACAGAAGGCGUCCUCAGAGGACUCCGAAAAAGCUUUCGUCGCCAGUCUCCAGAAGGAGCUGGACGAGGCGAUUGCAGCAUACGCAGCCUUUGAGGAGCAGAACCGAAGCGACGACGUCAACCUGGCAGCUGCUGAAGCAAGGCAAAGAGAUGCCGAGACACGCUUACGCGAAGCUGAGCAGGCAGCCAACGAUCUUCGAUCCGAGUUGCAGGAGGAAGGGGAGGGCGCGAGGACUGCCACAGAGGCGGUGAAGAGAGAGCUGGCCGUCCAAGUGUCCAAAGUUGCCCAGUUGGAGGGAUCCCUCGGCGAGAAUCGCAACCAACUGAAGACCAUCCAGCGUCACGUCGACUCUUUGACACAGGAUCUCCUGGACCGAACGGUCAAGAGUGUACAAGACGAGGAGGCUGUCACUUCCUUAUCCAAGCAACUCCAGCAGGAGCAGCAGGCACUGGAGCGAUUGCAAUCCGAAAAGGAGAAGCUCGGGUCGGCGGCAGCUGAAGAACUGGAGAGGGCUGAGGAGUGCCGACGCAGCAAACAGGCUCUUGAGGAACAGCAGGUCCAUGUCGAGCUGGUGCAGCGGUCAGACGUGCUGUCGACCACAAAAACUCAGGCCACGACGGAGCUGACCAGUGCCGUGGCGGAGAUUGCGCAGCUGCAGCAGGCACAUGCUUUGCCUUUGCUUUGGCAAGGAAUCUUCUUUCCUUUGGCCAUUGCACACAGUGGUUCUGCCAAACCUGCUCAUGUACAUAUUGCAUACGAUGGCAGUGCUUCCAGGGAGCGUCAGGAGUCUCAGCUGCUUCGCAGAAGCACAGGCUUGAAGCCUGAGGGACCCGAAGAGGACGAAAAGUCGCUGAAGGCGCAGCAGACUGGGUGGUACGUCGAGGAUGAGGUGGAAAACACCAUUGCGAAGGCUCAAACCUUCGAUUUCGACAAAAACCGGGAGCAGAUGCUGCGCCACAUACACUACACAGCAGCGACCUCCCCCACUGGCAGAGGGCCUGGGGUAGCAAGGGACACCUGGCACAUCUCGUCGCACGGUCCUCCCGUCACUGAUGAGGCCGAGGGCCGGAUCGUGGAAGACCAGCAACGUGCCGAAAAGGCAGGCCUACCGGCAGACUUCAAAAGUGUGCCGCCUGUUGCAGCUGUCAUGAAGAAGCCUCCGGUCUCGGCCACACUUCCGCCCAACUUGCCGAAGGAUUGCUUCAAGGCACGGCACAGCACCGAUAUCGGCGAGGAUGAAACCUGCCCGGAAGCGUGCCCUCUGUUUGCCGAAGAUACGAUGGCCGGGAGGCACUGCGUCUUCAAAUGCGUGUUGGAAACAGACUGUGGAGUCCACACCAGUGCGACCAACCUCGCCCAGUCUGUCCCGGACACAGAUGUUGGCUUCUGCCGGCGAUGCUCUGUUCCUGGAUGCAACCGCUGCAACCGGACGGCACACAGUGACGUCUGCGGGGAGUGCUUGCGCGGCUUCGCCUUGGAAGAAGGAGCAUGUGUUUUCCAGGUUCCAAUUAUAGGAACCUUGGUACAAAGCAUGGUCUACAUCGCGCUCUUUAUUCCCGUGGUUUACUUCAUCAUUUGGUACGUGAGCUUGGCCACCCGCAAGAAAGUAAACCUGGACGAAGAGGCACAAGCCUUGCAGUUCCGGACGCAGACGAAGCUAUGCACCGUCGACACAGUCACCGAAGACGCACCCGAGGAACGCCAGCUUUGGCCUUUGAAGACCAACACGCUUCAGGUGCCGGUUGCAGGGCCUGGCUCGGUCCUCUUCUUCCGCUACCAGGUGUUCGUCAUGAUCUUGGCCUUGGUGCUGCUUGUCCUCUGGGUCACCUUCCUGGGCUUGACUGGUUCGCAGCUAUCUGCCUUGGGUACAGAAGAUCCAAAAUCUCCGAGAGAGCUGUGCAAUGUCAUUCACCACGGCUUUGAAGCCCAGCAGACGUAUAUGUGGGCAAAGUCUUGCUUCGUGUUGGCGGCGUACGUGGUCUCUGUGGUGCUGUGCAUGCUCUUCGCCAUUCAUCAGAGGCGAACCUUCAACCGGUUGAACGUCUUCUCCACGCACGCAGACUUCGUGGCUCUCCUGGACGGCCUGCCAGCGAUCAGCGGCUCAGAGGAGUUGGAGGAGGUGCUGAAGAAGGAGAUGGAAAAGGCCAGCUCCGAGGAAAUUGUGGGUGUCUCCAUAGGCUGGCAUGUGGGCGAUGACACCAACCGGUACAACGAACAAAUCUCCAAGAUCCUUGAGGAGGAUGUCCUGGCCUUGGAAAAUCUCAAAGCCGAGCAGGACAAGGCAGGCGAGAAAGAGGCUGACGAGGUUCAGACUUUUUCGAGGCAGCGGCCCAAGUGGUUGCGGAUCUUCGACAGAGUGAUUCUGACGGGCAUGCUCGGCAUUGACACUAUACCACCACCGCCAGAAGAGCUCGCUGCGGCUCAGGCUGCGCCGGCACAAGGGGACGGGAAAUCCGAGGCUCAAGGGGCGGAGAAGGAGAAGGAUGCAACAGCCUCCUCUUCCGCCCAAGAGGUCGAGAAAGAGAAGGCUGCUACCGCCGGGAAGGCUUCAGAGACGGAAAAGGCGGAAGCCAAGGUUUCGUCAGAGCCCCCUGAGGCUCUUUGCACCAAGUUGCAAAGCUCUCCGACAGCUGUUGUAGUGUUCAGAACAGAAACUGCCCGAGACGCUGCCCUCGAGAAGUGCAAGAGCAUUCCAUUCCGCGAAGCAACGCUGACGCUCAAGCCCCUUGUGACAGAGCCCUUGGGCAUCCUCUGGGAGAACAUGAGCAUCCCCAACAAACUGCGACGGGAGCGGCUUUUCGCAAGCAUCAAAAUGAUCGCUCUCGCCGGUGCAGCUUGGGCCGUUUGCAUCUACCUCCCCUAUGCCUUCUAUGCAGCGUCCUUCUCUUACUCAAACGGAGACAAGCCGUCGGCGCUCAUGAACAUGUCCUUGACGCUCAUCGUGGUGCUGGGGAACCUGAUCAUGUACACGACUUGCGCAGAGGCAGCCAAGCGUAUUGGCCACAUGCUACGAGACACCGAAGCAGGGGUUUACAUGGUGCUCUACACCUUUGCGAUUCUCUUCAACAUUCUCUUAGAUGCUGCUGUGGGUGGUUACAUCGCAUAUCGAACAGCGGUCGCCAAUCACGCACGAACCUACGGUGGCGUCCUCGUCUCCGAUCUUACACGUGCCCAAGCUCUCUUCGAGAGCUUCGAAAUUCAGCGGCAGCUCGCCUUUCAAGUCUACAAGUAUUGCUGGCCGUCUACGUUUCUGGUUCCCUUCAUAGGAGAAGCUCUCUUCGCUAAUUGCUUCACGCUACAUCUGGCACGCCUCGUUGUCAAAACGUUUCCGCACAUCAAGGGCUACAAAGCCCAGCAGGCUUUACAAGUCUUUGUGCCCAUGGACUCUGGACGGUAUGCUGACGUGUUAAUCAACAUUGCCGCAGCAAUUCUGAUCUUCUUUCUGCCUGGUGGCUACACUAUAACACUCUUCGUUGGCCUCAUCCUGUCGCACGUAUUCAUCAUCUGCUUCGAUCACUUCCGAGUUCUGCGAUGCGUCCCAUCUUUCUGCUUCAGCAGCUCUGUGGUUGAUGACUAUGCUCAGCUACUCCUCAUUAUUCCCUGUUCGCUCAUGCUGGCAGCCUUCGUGCAGAAAGUCAACUGCUCAACCGACAGCUUCUGCCUGCAGGAUUACGCACUUGGCUUGACGCUGCUGCUGAGCUUUGCUGCUCAUGGUACCCUGCACUGGUGCAUGUUGAAGUUCCUGGUGCCCAAAUUUGGGGAUGUCCAGGAGCAUGUGCCCACGAAGCUCACCUACCAAGAGGUGGCUGGCAAGAUUGCGCCUUCCUGGUUCAACUUGAACCCAGCCUACUGCCUGCGCUCCAAGUACUUCUACAAGCAUGAGAAGCCGUGUACCUUCUUCAUCCAGGGCAGAGAGCAUGUUCUUCGGAAAAGCGAUCAGGCCAUGUCAUUUUUCGAGGAUCAGCGGCCGGCUCAGCAGCAACUCGACCAGGAAGUCGCGGAGGUGGACCUGGCAGCUGAGGAUGUCGAGCGUUCGCGGCAAGAGGCCAAGCAGAAGAUUGAAAGGACACAAACUGCACUUGAGGCUCAGAGCAAGAAGAAGUCUUUGCGCAUGGAGGCCGUGGAGGCGAAAAGCCGGCACUUGGCCUCUUUGGAGGAGGAGCUGAGUCGAAGGCGGCAGGAGGUGCAGAGUGCUUCUGCAGCCGCUCUCAAGCUUCGUGCUUCCGCUGCCAGGACCGCCAUAGAAAGCGAGAUGAAGGAGGAAGCGCUUCUUCAGCGCUUUGUGCAGCUGAAGUCCGAGCUUGAAGAGCAUCAGGAAGUAUCGAAGCAGCAGGAUGAGGAGCAGAAGGCAGUGCUCCAGAAGCUCGCAGAGGCACAGAAGAAGGCACCCCAGAAGCAGGUCCAGGCUCGGCUGGCUCGGGAAAAGAAAGACGAGCUGGAGCAGAUGCUUCUGGAUCUCCGAUCAUCCUUGGAUGCUGCCAAGUCGACGGCGAAGGGCGAGGCACGGAAGACACGUCAGGCCGAAGAGCAGAUCGACCGGCAGCGCCAGGAGCUGGAGGCGUUGCUGGCUGAUGCGGCUCAACAGGAAGUGCUGGCGCAGGCACUGAAAAGCACGCUGAGCGAGCAAAAGGCCGAGCAUGAAAAGUUCAUGAAGGCGCACCAUAGCCGAGCAUCAACAUCCAAAGAUGCAGAGCUCAAGGUGGCGGAACAGGUCAGCGAGCUGCGGGUGCGACGCGCAGAGCUCGCGCUGAAGCAGGAGGCUGUCGCAGCGGCGUGCAGUGUGGAGAAGGAGCGUCUGGCAGAGCUACGCCGGGAGUUCGAAAAGGUGCGUGCUGGGAGCCUUCAGAAGAUCGAGGAUGCGAAGAAAGAGCUGCACCAGGAUGCCAUGGCCAAGGAUCUACAAGCAUUGAAGACCCACGAAGCCGAAGCUGCAUCUCUACUGCAGAAAAUAGAGGGGAUGAAAACCAAGCAGCAGGAGAUUCUGAGGAAGGUUGAAAGUGGCAAGGCAGACCUGCCUGCAACUGACGGUGGCGACAAGCACACCGAGGAUGCCGAGAGCAGGAAGUCGCAGCUUCUCAAGGAGCUCUUGUCGCAGAGAGCAGCUUCUCUUCAAGAGGCCUCGAACGAAAGCCGCGAGGCUGAGAUGAAGUACGAGGCUUUGCAGAAAGACCAGAAGCAUCUUCAGGAGGAGUAUCGGUCUGUGAUGGAGCAGAUGAAAUCCCAGGUCAGCCAGGGGAAUGAGCUCUACUCCAAGUUGCAAGAAGUCGAGCAGGACAUAAGGACGCUUGAAGAUGAGUCUGACUUGCUGGCCUUGGGUUUGCACGAGGCGGAGAGUCAGAAGGUCAACCUGGAGAAGGAGAUUGUAUUGGUGCAGCAGCAAGCAAUGGGGCAGUUCAGUGGAGAUUUGCAAGCUUGGGCGAAAGAGGUGCAGUCCUUGAGGGUGACCGCCAAAGUGCAGUCGCAUGAGGAUGAGCUGCUGCACUGGAAGCAGGCGGCAAGUGAGAGCCCGGCUAUCGCCUCGCAACUUCAAGUUCAGGCGGCAGAGGGGCUUCUCAGGCAGAAAGCAUCCGCACUACAGGAUCAGCUGACCUCCAAAGAGAAGCUGCUGCAAGAACUCGAACAGCAAGCACAGUCAGAGGAAGUUGCUGGCAGUAUCCGUUCGGUGCCCUCCGCUCUGCACGGUUCACUCACCAUGGGUCCCACGCUGUCUGUGAAAGCCGCGGCGCAGCGGCGUGCGUUGGUCAUAGGCUGCAACUACACUGGAUCCUUUGCCCCGCUACGCGGAUGUGCCAAUGAUGCCUGGAAUGUCCAGUGCUUGUUGCGGCAGUCGUUGCAAUACACAGAGGCUCAGGUCCGAUGCUUAGUUGACUAUGCUGAGUCGUCUUCAACGCCUAGCAAUCGACGGCCCACGAGGGACAACAUCAUUGCAGAGCUGCAGUGGCUUACCAGCAAUGCCAAACAGGGAGACAAUGUGCUUUUGUACUUCAGCGGGUAUGGCACGCAGCAGCCAGACGCUGAAGUAGACGGUUUAUACCAGGGCUAUUUGGUUCCUGCGGACUUUGCAGACGAUCUGCCGGAGGACAUCGCAGGUGAGGUUGAGCGCUGCUGCAAGACCGGCUCCCAGCUGUCACCGGAGAUGGCUCAAAGAGCAGCCGACGCAGGGGGCUAUCGUCUGGUGCCCAUGUCGCUGAUCACUUCGGCCUUGCACACGCUGUCAUCGAGCUGCAAGGCAACAGUGAUCUUCGACUGCUGCCAGUCCUCGGUGCUUCCGCUCCUCCGUCCAUCAGAUCACGUGGGUCAGGGUGUGGCUCCGGGUCCUGGGCCUCCGCGCUUCAAGAAGCUCAAGCCGCCCAGCGAGCAGGUCGCACCUCCAACGUCCGACAUGUCCAGACAGCGAUUGUUGGGACUUCCAGCCUUGAGCCAGAGCUCGCAUCCAGACACUUCUCCCUCGUCUAUCAAGGAGGAGUCGCUGGCUUCACCCGCAGGGUCUCCUGCCGGCAUUCUCAAGGUGCGGCCAGGAAGUGCCUUGGAAGCCACUCAACGUCCUGUAAGUUCUCGAGGUGGGCCUUCCUGCAGGUGCUACUGCUUUGCGGCCUGUCAGAACGACCAGGCAUGCUGUGAGCUGCCGAUCGAAGGGUUGGUCCAGGGCGUCGCGACCUGGGCCUUCGUGAAGGGCCUGGCUGCCUGCCAAAUGAACACGCCUUUGGCCCAGCACAGCAAGGCCAUGGACGGCAUCCUGCAGAAUCUGCGCAGGAAGUACAGGUGGAUCCAGCAAACGCCGGUCAUCCAGCUCUCGGCAUCAGCUAAUGUUCAGGACCCGCUGAUUCUUCCUCAGGGUUGA